AUGAACAGCACUUACAUUUCUGAUUACAACCCUUCAGAGAACUCAAAUAUGUUAACAUAUUACUAUCUUGGAAUGUCUUUUGCCUUUAUCUUUCUAAUGAUGUUCAUAUCUCUAUGUACAUAUUACUGUAAAAACAGAAACUGGCAAAACAUGUUACAAUCUAGUGGCAGCAGCAAUUCCAACAGAACGGUAAUCAUGAUGGAGAGAGAUCAUACCGAGUUGAAUAUUGAAGUUUGUGAGGAAGAACAAGAUGCAAUCCUGAAUAGUUACCCUAUUUUGUUGUAUUCACAAGUCAAGCUUCAUAAGGCUGAUUCAACAUCACUCACUUGCUCAAUAUGUUUAGGAGAUUAUAAAGAUUCAGAGUUGUUGCAACUCUUGUCUGAUUGUGGUCACUUUUUUCAUAAGGAGUGUGUUGCUACAUGGUUUAGGCUAAACCUCUCAUGUCCCAUGUGUCGGAGCUCGCCACUACCAACACCCAUUGCUCAAGUUGCACCUUUGCCAACUACACAUGAUUGA